UAAAUAAAGUAAUUGACAAUAUACAACAAAGAAAUAUUGAUGAAAUCGAACCUUUUAACAUGCAGUUGAAUACAAUUGGGGACCGAAGAUUUUAAUUUUGUUAGUUCGAGGCUUCUAUUCCGACCGACCGAAGAAACAAAGAAAACAUGGAUUAUUUCACGCUCUAUAUUGCUCUGUUUUUACUAUUUGUACAUUUUCACAAAGUGAAACCAAGUAAGCUCCAACAAUUGACACUGACCAAAGUAGACUUAUGCAAAUGGAGUCCUAUUGUUAGAAAUGGGAAAUUAAAAGGUGGUAUCGGUGCCGGCACUUUUCAUCGCCUUGGAUAUACGCCAAAUAUGGAGACUUGUGUUGAUUUAUGUUGUAAUAUGGACGUGUGUGGGGUGGCAUUUCGAAACAAGGAUGACUGUUUUGGCGUCGAGUGUAAUAGCAACGAAAGUUGCGAUUCGGUACCGGCGGAUAAGAACGAUAUACGUGUUGAGAUAUCCCAUGUAAGAGCAGGUCAUAGAUCAGCUAAUCUGACUGAUCUAUCCAUGGCUGGGCAGUGUCGACCAAGUACUAUCUUUAAAGAAGUCACGUUAAAAGGCGGAAUAAAUGCUGGUACAUAUAAGGAUGUCGGUGGAGUGCAAACGAUGGAAGAGUGUCAAAAUAAAUGCUGUGAAUUCCCCGCCUGUGAUCUAGCCUUCAUGUUGGCGGGUAGUUGCUACUUAGUUGGAUGUUACGAUCAAAAGCAAUGUGCUAUGCAACCCGCUAAAGAAUCAAAGUUCCAUCCCAUGAUUUCCUAUGUUACAAGAUGGAACAACGAGGGUGUGAAGCACACAGUGUUACUGCAAGAGAAAGGAGUACAGUACACAUGCUCCAAAAUGAAUCCUUUGGUUAAAGUCACUCUGAAAGGUGGACUGCAAUCUGGUGAUUUUACCGACGUUGGAAAAGUCACGACUCUUCAACAAUGUUACGAUAUCUGCUGUCAACAAGAGAAAUGCGACCUUGCUUUUAUGUUGGGACAAAACUGUUUUAGUGUUCAAUGCAAAGAUAAACGUUUAUGUAUGACCACGCCUGCUCAGCCUUCCAUCUUCAAUCCACAAAUUGCAUAUGUGCCACAUAGAGAGCGUAUGGGGAUUGCUAAAUCAGGUAUCGCUCGUGCUCCUGCUGCCACCACAACAACUGGUGUUUCUGCAGAAUGUCCAAAAACAAAAACUCUUGAAAAAAUGACCUUAAAAGGCGGAGUAGAUGCAGGAGCUUAUAAAGAUCAUGGCAAAGUAAAAGACAUGGAAGUAUGCCGAAGAAUUUGCUGUGAGAUGACUGAAUGUCACUUAGCUUUUAUGCUUGGCACCAAUUGCUUUUCUGUAAAGUGCGCAAAUGUUGAUGCAUGCCGUGCCCAGAAGGCUAAACCAUCCGCGUAUUAUCCAAAGAUAUCUUACAUCAGAAAAGUUGGUACGAACGAGUUGCUACCAAGUUCUGUCAACCUACCAGUCGUAGACACUGCAGGCUCAGACAAACCAACUGCUUCUGCUGUACCUAGUCUAGUUGCAUUAGCUGCUGCUCAACAAACUGCAAACCCUCAACAAAAAGCUAUCGUCGGAGCAGCGGCUGUGUCUACAACAACUACUACAGCUGCUCCAGAACCAGCCGCGCAAGCAAAUAUGCUUGGUAAUGGUGCACAAGGAUAUGCAGUUACACCUAAUGGUCUGAAACCUAUUGGUACUGGAGUUCAAUUACCUGGACAGACUAUUAAUAACACAACAAACGGAUUUGCUGUAAAUGUGAAUCCAAUCCAAUCUCCUGGCGCCACGUCAGCAAACAUAACAACAACAGAAGCAAAAGUAGCACCACCUGAGCAGAAGAGCGUUGAAGCAAACGCCCCUCCUUCACAGGGUUUAGAACAAAACAAAGACACAGAAGGUUUAUUGAAGAAUGACACGGUCAAACCUGAAACACAAGUUUCUGUAAAAGACCAAGAACUAAUGAGUGCGCUUGAAGCAGCGGAGAAUGUUACUCAGAAAUCAAAUAUUAUGCCACUUCAAAACGAAAAGUGCAAGCCUGGCAUAUUAAAAACGAACGUUACACUGCGCGGUGGACGUAAAGCCGGUGAAUUUAUAGAAAUUCAAGGAUUGAAAGACAUGAAAGGUUGUGUAAAAAGAUGUUGCGAUGACCGUGAUAAGAAAUGUAAUUUAGCGUUUAUGUUGGGUGAUACGUGUUAUUCUGUCUCUUGUAAAGACAAAGACUUAUGUCGUACCAUGCCUGCACCUCCUACAAAAUUUAAUCCGUUAAUUCAAUAUGUCAGAGGAUUGGAAGAGGAACCAAUGCCCUCAACUACAGCUUCCACGACGACCAUAAUUAAAGAUGUAGACUUAACAAAUUUAGAUAGUUUAAAUAACCCUACUGAAAAUGUUGAAAGUAAAGUAGAAUCCAAACCAAAAACUAAAUCAAAACAGAAAUCCUGUGUCACACAACCUAUAGUAAAAGACAAAUCUAUUAAAGGUGGUAAAAAGGCGGGAAAAUUUAAAAUAUUUAAAGACAUUAAAGACAUGGAUUCUUGUAUAGCAAAAUGUUGUUCGUUAAAAAAACAAUGUGACGUAGCGUACAUGGAAGAUGCAAAAUGUUUUAGUAUUCAGUGUUUUAAAAAAACUGCAUGCACUGCGGUUGAUUUGAGAGAAUCUGAAGUCAACCCAAGGUUUGCGUACAUGGAUCAUUUCUUAGAAAAAGUUGACGAAGAAGAAGCAGAAAAUGAUAUUUCAACAGACUUAGAUAUAUCAGAAGAUAGUGCUUGUCUGAACGUCGAAAUAGCAACUAACAAAACACUCAAAGGUGGCACUAGAGCUGGAAAAUUUAAAUCCAUGGGUAAAAAGACCAUGAAGAAAUGUAUAAAUAGUUGUUGCGACAGGCCGGACUGUGAUGUAGCAUAUCUGUUGAAUGGACAUUGCUACGCAGUCGAGUGCGCUGAUGGCAGGUUAUGUCAAGCUACCGGCGAACCAUCAAAAGCAGGAGAUAAUAUACAGUUAGCAUAUAUGAACAAAGUUGGCUUAGGUGAAAAGCAACGAGAUUAUAUGAUCGUGUACAUUAUAGUCGGGUCUUUAGCCUUCGUCGCAACGCUGGGUGGUCUCAUAUGGGCUGUCUUUGCUUUUUCUAGAAAACAACGUAUUAAGAGAAGAACACACAAAAGAUUAUUAGACGACGACGAAGAUGAGGAGCCGAUUGAACAUAUAUUGAAAAAACGACCGCAUCACACGAGAUAUCGACAACCAAGGUAUUAACAUCUUCUAGGGAUGCUUAUAAAAAAAUCUCUUUGUUGUUGAUGUUGGUGGUAGCACAGGGAGUAGCUAUACCAACAAAGGCUCUCCAGUAAAGUACCCACACGUUUAGAAGUGGCAUUCGAAAAGGAAGAGAAAUAUAUAAAGGGCGUGACUUUAAAACUUGUUGAAUGCGGUUUAACUAAUGACGUCGUUAGAUGUGUACACGAAGUUGCGUACAAACGUAGACGCGUGUUAAGAUUGGUGUUUUACAACCAACUUCUUGGUUUAUGUGUUGUCCUUGACGAAACGAAGAACAACAUAAGAAAAAAGGAUAAAUGAAACAUUUACAGUGCUAAGCAUUUUAUUGGUGAGAAACAUGUGAGAUGAUUUUUUUAUAAAAAACUUUAAAAAAUCAUACAGUUAUAUCUUUUAAAACAGUUUUUGUAUAAGACAUUUGUAUAUAUAGAUAAUUGUAAAAAUAUAAUAGAAACUUUUUCACCUUU